AUGAAAAGAAAAACGGUUACAAAACACGAGCGGAUGUCAUCUUCUGACGAAGGUUUAUUUGAAAUCGAGAGAUUUAAGAAAUGUUCAAAAACAUUUUUGAUUAAGAAUACUUUAAAUUUUAUAGAUUACACGCUUUUUUUUAACUAUGUUAGAGAUAAAUUAAUUUUAAAGUUAAAAGAAUCAUGUUUACAAUCAUCUAUAAAAUUUAAUUUACAUGUGGAUAGCGUAUACGAAAGAAUACUCACUCAAGAAGUUCGGGACAUAGCUUUCAAAACUUCUAAUACACUUGCAUGUAAUUCAUCCAAUUUCAAUAAAUUACUAAAUGGAAUGUUCAAUAAAUUAUUAUCUGAACAAGACCAGUUUUUAGCGAAAGGAUCUGGGUGGUCCCUUAAAACUAUAGAUGUAUUACAAUUGAGAAUUAAUACAGUGAAUCCUCUCAGAGGAGGAACGUAUCUAGAUCUACCUGAAUAUAUAAAAGAUAAAAGAGCAAUUAUAAAUGUAAAAAAUAACGAUGCUAAAUGUUUUAAAUAUUCAAUACUAUCUAAGUUUGAUAAUCGAUCGAAUAAAACUUAUUUGAAUAAGAAAUAUUUUAAAAUGUUAGAAACAAAAAGUGGUUUAGAUUUUAAAUGUAUUGAUUUUCCAACACCAAUCAGUCAGAUGAAAAAAUUUGAACGUACAAACGAUGUAUCAAUUAAUAUUUAUAGUUUAAAUGAUAAAAAACAUAUUUUUCCUUUGUAUAUUUGUAAUACUGAAAGAAAAAAACAUUUCGAUCUUUUUCUGUUCAAUAAUGAUGAAACAUCACAUUACUGUUAUAUAAAAAAUUUUUCAAGAUUCGUUAGAAGUCAGAAAACUAAAAAUUGUACUAAGCUAAUUAUAUGUAAAAGAUGUUUUACUACUUUUGGGAACAAACCGUGUAAAAGCAAACUUUGGGGUAUGAAAGGAUUGAUUGAACAUCAACAUAAUUGUAGAAAGAACCAAUUAGGGAAACCUAUAAUGUUUGAAGAGGGAGAUGAUGAUUUUAUUUAUUUUAAAAGUUAUAAAAAAACUCAAAGGAUACCAAUUGUUAUUUAUGCAGACUUCGAAUGUAUUUUAACUCCUAAAAAACCUGAUGAAUUCAUUCAGAGUUGUAAAAAAAAAAAAACAUAUAUUACACAUUUACAUGAAAUUAUGAGUUAUGGGUUUUAUGUAAAAGUCGACUAUGAUAUUAUACCAAAAGAGUUAGUAAAACAGUUGAAGAUUCCUAGAAAGGUGGUUAUUUAUAGAGGUGAAAAUGCAGCAAAAAAAUUUAUGGAAAAUAUGAUUGAUAUCGGAAAUAAUAUCAAAACAAUUUACGAAACUGCUACACCAAUGGGUAAAUUAACUGAAAAAGAAGAAAAACGUUUUCAAAGAAUUAAAAGAUGUGAAAAAUGUUCAAAACAUUUUAAAAAAAAUAAUUUAAUUAAAGUUCGAGAUCACUGUCAUUUUACUGGUAAAUAUAGACAAUGUCUUUGUCUCGAAUGUAAUUUUCAAAUAACUAAUCCAUCAUUCAUUCCAAUUUUCUUUCAUAAUUUAUCGUACGAUAGCCAUUUCAUAAUUCGAGAGCUCGGUUGCGAUGAUCAAAAUAUUCACGUUAUUCCUAAUUCAUCAGAAAAAUAUAUAUCCUUCAGCAAGGAAAUCGCACCUAAAUUUAGUAUAAAAUUUGUUGAUACAUUCCGUUUUAUGAGCGAGUCAUUAAGUAAACUUGCGGAAAAUUUAUCUGAAGAUAAGUCGAGAUUUAGAGAAACUCUUAAAAUAUUUUCUGCGGAAGCACUAGAUUUAGUUACACGAAAAGGAGUCUUCCCUUAUGAAUAUGUCGAUAAUUGGAGUAAAUUAGAUGAUACUUUUCUACCAUCAAAGCUAGAAUUUUAUAACUCUUUAACAGACGAGAAAAUUAGUGAUGAAGAUUAUAUACAUGCUAAAAAUGUAUGGCAUACAUUUGAUAUAAAGACUUUAGGUGAAUAUAGCGAUCUUUAUUUAAAAACUGAUGUUAGCAUACUAGCCGAUGUGUUCGAAAAUUUUAGAGACUUAUGUUUAUCUACGCUCGAACUAGAUCCUGCUCAUUAUAUGACUGCUCCCGGGUUUGCUUUUGACUGUAUGCUGAAGUAUACCAAGGUCAAAUUAUCAAGGUUAAAGGAGUAUAACAUGUUGCUUUUCUUCGAAAAAUCGAUUAGAGGCGGGAUAUGCCAAUCAACCAAAAGAUAUGUUAAGGCAAACAUACCAAAUAUCGAAGGAUUGGACUAUAAUGCAAAUGAACCGAUCACAUGGAUUACAUAUCUCGAUUGUGUGAAUUUGUAUGGGAAGUCUAUGUUAACAGAAUUACCUUUUAAAGAUUUUGAAUGGGUUGACGAUCUCAACAUAGAUGUAACUAAAAUCGCUGAUGAUUCAGAAGUCGGAUAUAUAUUAGAAGUUGAUAUUGAGUAUCCUAAACAUCUACAUAAAUAUCAUAAUGAUUUCCCAUUUUUACCGUUUAACGAAUGUCCACCAAAUUCGAAAGUUGAGAAAUUGUUAACUACUUUAUCACCGAAAAAAAACUAUAUUGUACAUUACAAAAAUUUAAAACAAGCAAUUUCUCACGGUCUUAAAGUAGUAAAAAUUCAUCGAGCUAUCCGUUUUUCCCAAAGUAAAUGGAUGGCAUCAUACAUAAAAUUAUGUACAUCUAUGAGAGUACAAGCUAAAAACGAGUUUGAGAAGGAUUUCUGGAAGUUGCUAAUUAAUAGCGUUUUUGGUAAAUGUAUGGAGAAUGUUCGAGCAAGAACUUCUAUAAAACUGGUUUCUUCAGAACAAAAAGCAAGGAAAUUAAUGGCGAAAACUAGUUUUAAAGACAGAACUAUAUAUUCUAAGAAUCUCAUGGCCAUUCAUCAGCAUAAGGAAACAAUUAAAUUCGACAAGGCAAUUUAUGUAGGAUUUGCAAUUUUAGACGUUUCGAAAACAUUUAUGUAUGACUUCCAUUAUAAUGUAAUGAAGAAAAGGUAUGGUACUAAAAUUAGUUCUUUAUAUUCGGAUACUGAUUCCCUGAUAUAUGCUAUCCAAACAACAAAUUUUUUUGACGAUUUAAAAAAUAGUUUAUUACCAUAUUUUGACACAUCUAAUUAUCCUAAAGACCAUUGUUGUUUUAGUGAAAUUCAUAAAAAUCAACCAGGGUUCUUUAAAGAUGAAAUGAAAGGAAUUAUAAUUAAAGAAUUCGUUUCAUUAAGACCGAAAUUAUAUGCUUAUAAAACUAUAGAUGGCGCUGAGAAAAAAAAAGCAAAAGGCGUAAAGAAAUAUAUAAUUAAAAAUCACAUGCAAUUUAACAAUUAUAUGAAUAUACUAAACGCUUUUAUAAACCAUAAAACUCUCAAGGAUGAACAAACUCAUAGAAAAAUGAAUUUUAUCCAAUCAAAUAAACAUGUUGUUCAUUCGAAAACAAUGAACAAACUUGUUCUAAGUGCAAACGAUGAUAAACGUUAUAUAAUGGAUGACGGGAUAAAUACUUUAGCUUAUGGUCACUAUAAACUUAAUGACUCAGUUUAAAAGCGU